AUGGCGCCCACAGCGGCCGAUCCAAAAGAUCUCAAACUAAUCCUCAACCCCGCACGUCGACGAGCCCUCAACAUCCUAAUCGGAUCCAUCACAGAACACAUGCGCAAAACAAUUACAGAUUCUUUUUCCAACCCCUCAAAUCAAUCAAACUCCAAUCUCAACAGCAACAUUCCAGGACCUAAUCCAAAUGUCUCUUCCUACCCCAAUCCUCACUAUUCCAACACCUCCUCGCCCGCUUCAACACCAACUUCGGAAAUCGAUCUAGAAACAGCCCAACAGCGCCGUCUCGAAGCCCGUCUAAAUCAAAACCUUUCAACGCCCAAACUACAAGCUUUGGAAAAGGCAGCUCUGAAUUAUUUCGAUUCUUGGCGUGAUUCAAUUAUCACACAAUUAGGCAAAAUUUUGAAUUCUCCAGAUGAUCCCCGUGCAGAUCAAAAAAAGAAAGAAUUUCUCGCUUCGAGACCGCCGCCUCCUUAUAGCCCCGCUUCCAAUAACGACAACGAGCCUAGCAAAGACAUCCUAGCUUUUCAGACUCUCUACCCUCCAAUCCCCACCCGUCUAACUACCAUUUCCCUUCAAGACCGCAUCCAUAUCGUCUCAAGCCUUCUGAUUAUUGUUCUCUCCCUCGGAACCUACUCCGCCCAUUCCCGCGUUCUCCUCUGCAUUCUCACCAGUUCCCUCUCCCUCCCCCCUUCCUUCCUCACCCACGAAGAAAUCCAAACCUCGCGUACCCUUCUCCUCGCCUCCAAAGCCGCCCUCAACGCCGACGCCGAAACCGCCGCUCGCGCAACCCAGAAUACGUCUUCCCGUCGCUGGAAAGUCGGGCUUGCCUCGGUAGCAGGCGCCGCUUUGAUCGGUGUCACGGGCGGGCUUGCGGCUCCUGUAGUUGCUGGUGCUAUUGGGGGCUUAUGGGCUCAGUUGGUUUGGGAGGCUUGGCGUCUUUUCUGGGCGUUUUUUUAUGCGAGGGAGGUGGAGGAUUUUAAGUUUCUGGAUGUUAAAGAGGAAUGGGGGGAAUUUGGGACGAAAGAGGAAGAAGAAGUGGAGAAAAGGAGAUUGAGGGUGCUGAUUGGAGUUAAUGGAUGGGUGGGGGAACAGAGGGAUAUUAUUAGGCCGUGGAGAAAAUUUGCUGUGAGCGAGGGAGAUGAGGACAAUGGUCAUGGAUGUGAAGUUUUUGCGCUGAGGUAUGAAACCAAUGCAUUGGUAGAGUUGGGAAAUAGUUUGAAGGAUACGGUUGGGAGUUAUGCGUGGUCGAUGGUUAAAAUGGAGAUCUUGAAACGGACCGUUUUGGCUACUUUAUGGGGGGCAUUGUGGCCAGUUUAUUUAUUGAAGAUGGCUACUGGGAUUGAUAAUCCUUUUGCGAGAGCCAAGAGGAGGGCUGAGAAAGCUGGAGAAGUCCUGGCCGAUGCGCUUAUCAAUAGAGCACAAGGAGAACGUCCGGUUAUGCUGGUUGGAUACUCAUUGGGGAGUCGGGUAAUAUACUCCUGCCUCCGCUCUCUGGCUGAACGCCACGCCUUCGGUCUCAUCGACAGUGUUGUACUAAUCGGCUCUCCAAUCCCCUCAUCGACUCUUUCCCUUCUCCCUCUCCGCACGGUCAUCUCUGGCCCCCUCUUAAACGUUUACAACCCUUCUGAUCUCCUCCUCGCCUUCCUAUAUCGUUUCACCUCCCUGCAGUACGGAAUUUCCGGUCUGCAACCAAUUGAGCACAUUGAAGGCGUCACUAAUAUCGACGUGAGUUCUAAACUCAAUUCGCAUCUAAAAUACGAAGAGGUCAUUGAUAGGAUUUUGGGGACCUACGUAUUUCCUAGCAUGAGUGCUAUUGAUGGGGAGAAAUGGGAGAAUGGAGGAAAGGGAGAAGAAGGCAUUUCCAUGAUUGAUGGCGAGGGCCCAAUCAAGAAAGAUGAAAUAGAGGAAGAGCUAUUGAUUGAUUUUGGAGAGGUAGCGGAGUUGGAGGCCGAUGUUCCAUUGCCAUCCGGACAUUUGGAUAGCAAGGAUCCCAACAUCUCUUCGACUGCUAGUAACUCGUAUGAUAUGGAAGAUUUGUUAGGCUCACCAGCAACCCCGACAGAAAUAGUCACAAGUACAACAAUCAAAAGUAUCUCGGAUGCUCAUUUCGCUUCGCACUCAAACGGCACUAUAUCACCUAGUAAUACCACAAGCACAACUACACUUGCCACACCAAAUACCACCACUCCAUCCUCGCCAUCUCCUUAUUAUUCAUGCUCCGAAGAUGAAGGAGGAAUUCAGAUGGUUGAUAAUGAUGAUGAUUUAGACAUGCAUAUACAAUUGACCGCUCCGGAAACGUUAUCUACCUCAUCCUUGAAUGAGGCCGGAAGAAUCGAGAAAGGCAUGUCUGGGCUUGUGAUAACCGAACGAUCUAUCGACGAUGUGAAACAUGAAUCUCCCGUAGAGCCGAAGAGCUUGGGCUCUUUGCCCAGAGGAGAUAGAAAAAAGGCUGCUGAUUUCGGAUUGUAUUAA